AUGGAUGCCACCCUCAGUAAGAAACUGAAAGGUGCUCGAAAACGAAUCCAUGAUAUUCGAGGAGGCCUGCAUAGCGGUGUGUCGAGCUUAGCUGGAUCUCAGGCAUCUGUUAUGUCGCAUGAUAUUUAUGGCGAUGACGAGGCAAUGCAUGCGUCGUUUGACUCGAUGUUCCGUCCCAGGACCCAAUCAAAUCUCUCGGUGCCUGGUUCAUCUACCCGUGUCUCACCGUCAAUGGAACAUCCAUUUGACGACUUCGAUUUCCCCAGUUGGGUAAACGACGCUGCCGCGGCGUCGACCGCUGCGGCUGCCGCUGCUGCCGCCGCGAACUCCUCCAAUCAUGCCGCUCCCAUCCCUACGGAUAUUCUGGAUCGAACCGACCAGAUGCGAAUCGACUCGUGUCGAGCCAUGAUGAACGGUGUGAAGCAAGAACCCAAGCAGGUCAAGACUGAGUCGCCUGGUGUUCAACCGCCAUCAUACCUCGAACUGAGCAGUGUCCGUAACCAAUCCCAACUACAAAAUCCACUUUUGCGAUCGCAGUUGGCAUCGGUGAAAUUUCAGUCAGCUGGGCUUCCGCUGUCCUACCAGACGUACUCGCCGUGGCCUGGUCAUCAUAGCGGCCACCUGCUGCCACCUUCGUCAUGUGCCGCGGUAGCACAAGCGAAUUCGGUCGCAGCGGCUGCAGCGUUGCCGUCAGACCUCGAAAGUCUUACACUGCCCGAUCAACCACUUAUGGAUUUUGAAGUCGAAUCGCUGUUACGACACGAACUGUCUCAAACCUCCGAUCAUCGCCUCAAUUUCGACAAUCUCUGA